UGGAUCUAACGAUCAUGGAACAGGGGGAGAGGAGGCCCAGCACAGUACAGUACAGAUCAGAAGGGCUAAUGCCUAGAAUAGACUCUACCCGGCACAGACAAAAUUGAAAUGGCCACCACUAGCAUCUAUGCUAGCAGUGAAGUUGAAGCUAUUCCAGUUAUUGAUUUCAGUGACAUUCUCUCUGGCUCCAAGGAUCUAGGCAACUGCCCUCAAGUUAAAGAGCUCCAUUCUGCGCUGAGUACUGUCGGCUUCGUCUUCCUGACUAAUCAUGGGAUCGACAAAAAAAUGGUGGACAAGGUAUUCAAGAUGUCGGAGACCUUUUUCACUCAAGAUAUUUCUGCAAAGAAACCAUUCAUCAGAAGAGAACAUAUCGGAAAUGAUGGCUAUGUCUGUAUGGAGCAAGAAAGUGUAAACCCCACCCAACCGGGAGACCUGAAGGAGUGCUAUAAUAUUUGCAAGACAGCUAUUCCAUGUCCUGAUUUGCUUGAAGACUGCAUAAAAGAUUUAUUCUUUGAAUCGAAUAAAACUCUGGCAUUGAAGAUUCUGGAAGUGAUGGGCUAUGCCUUUGAAUUGAAGGAUCCACAGUUCUUCGUGAAACGGCAUCAGAAGAUUGGGCAAGGCUCGUCUGAGAGCUACACUACACUGCGUCUCCUCUAUUACCCUCCUCUUCCACCCUCCCUCAACCUUAAACCGGGACAGCUAAGGUGUGGAGAGCACGUGGACUACGGGUCAAUUACUCUUCUCUUUCAGGAUCCUAAUGGCGGCCUUCAAGUGAAGAAGAAGGGUGGGGGGUACAUUGAUGUACCCUACAUUGAUGGUGCUGUGCUGGUCAAUUUGGGAGCUCUGAUGCAGCAAUGGACCGGAGAUAAGUACCCAGCAACGCCUCAUCGUGUUCUUGUGCCCGAUGAUGAAACUGUGAAGGAAAGAGUGAGACAGUCCAUUGCCUUCUUUGUCCACCCUGACAACGAGGUGCUCGUGGAGACCAUCGAUGGGUCCAACAAGUAUCCACCUAUCACUGCCCUUGAAGACACUUUCAGACGCUUAAAACAAUCCUACUUUCCUGUUGACUGACUGUCUCUAUAUUUAACACACGCAAGUAGUUCUAUAGGUGUAUUAAUUGCUGUAAACAUUUUGCUUGUUGGUUAAUUUGAAA